AUGGCGACAAUGAAAGCAUGGCAAUUUCGGUCUUCAGGCGGCCCAAUCGAGAAGAACCUUUUUCAGCCCGAUUCAGGGAUUCCCAAACCGAAAACCACAGCCAACGAGGCACUUGUUGAGGUCUACAGCACGGCGCUCAAUCCAAUUGACUACAAGAUUCUUGAAGUUGGUCUCCUUACGAAAAUGAUUUUCCGGUCACCUGUUACGCCUGGCUUGGAUGUGUGCGGUCGCGUUGUUGAGAUCGGUAGUCAAGUGGACUCCUUUCGUGUUGGCGAUAUCGUAUACGGCUCUUGCAAUGGGGUUUUCGGGCACGGAGCCCUUGCCCAAUUUGUCCCUGUCUCAACAGAUGCACUUGCGUUGGUACCGGAUGGGUUCAAAGCCGACGACAUGGCCUCCAUCGCUACUGUUGGGAUGACAACAUACCAAGGCUUAAAACCACAUGUUAAAGCGGGCGACAAAGUAUUCAUCAAUGGUGGAUCUGGAGGCACCGGUGUUGUGUCGAUACAAAUUGCGAAGGCGCUUGGAUGUCACGUCACGACGUCUUGUUCCACAGCCAAUGUUAAACUUUGCAAGAGUCUGGGCGCGGAUGAGGUUUUGGACUACCGAUCGGCCGGAAUAAUAGAGCAAUUGAAUGGAAAGGGGCAAAUUUUCGAUCUGAUCCUCGACAAUGUAGGAUCUCCGUCCAAUUUGUACAGAGUGUCGCACGCAUUCAUUGUACCGGGCGGCAAGUUCAUCCAAGUCGGUAUGGGAAUGAGUUUGAGCGCCAUGAAACAGCUCAUCGGCAAUGUGAUGCUCCCCAGCUUUUUAGGAGGCGGAAAAAGAAAGUACAUAUUUGUCAUGGCAAAGGCUAACGGCACCGACUUCGAUCAGCUCGCGUCGUGGAUGAAGGAAGGAAAGAUACGUGCCGUCAUUGACUCGACUUUCGAUUUCAAUUCCGCGCCGAAAGCAUUUGAGAGGCUGAAAACGGGUAGAGCGAGAGGCAAGGUCGUGGUCCAUGUGAAGGAGUCGUGA